GAUAAAAAGACCGUAUCCGCUGUUUGCCUUUUGGUUACUGCAGUGGGCAAUGAAAUAGCAUAUUCUGUCCUCUGCACCCGGUUGACGUUCCUUGGGAAUUGGUCUCCGCACCGCACCCUCUUCUUCCCCGGCUUUUCCACCCCCAUCCAUCCCCGCAAUGCGCGCUCCGUCUCCGCUUCUGCGGAGCCUGAGACCCAACACAGUCUCCCUUCCAUGUCGACGACUACCACUGCGUCCAUCCACCACCAAAAUAUUCUCACAACACCUCUCCAGAUCAAUUGCCAGCUACACACACCCUCAUCAUGCAUCCGCUAUAUCCGUCCUCCCCACCGCCGUGGACACCACCUCGUCCGAGUUCCGGGAAAACGCCCAGCAAAUGCAGGAGCUCCUUGAUCGGAUGGCCAGUCUUCACGGGACAAUAUCACAAGGCGGUCCCCAGAAGGCCAAGGACAAGCACCUAGCCAGGGGCAAGAUGCUGCCUCGAGACCGAGUCAGCGCACUCAUCGACGCGGGCACAUCUUUCCUUGAGCUUUCUCCACUCGCAGGCCACGAGGUCUACGACGAGGACGUGCCUGCCGGCGGGAUCAUCACCGGAAUCGGCACCGUCGAGGGAGUGAAUUGUAUGAUCGUCGCCAACGACAGCACGGUCAAGGGUGGCACCUACUACCCGAUCACCGUGAAGAAGCACCUCCGGGCGCAGGCCAUCGCACAGGAGAACAAGCUACCCUGCAUCUACCUGGUCGACUCAGGGGGCGCCAACCUUCCGCACCAGGCGGACGUCUUCCCGGACCGCGACCACUUCGGCCGCAUCUUCUUCAACCAGGCCCGGAUGAGCUCGCUGGGCAUCCCGCAGAUCUCCGUCGUCAUGGGCCCCUGCACAGCCGGCGGCGCCUACGUGCCCGCCAUGAGCGACGAGACCAUUAUCGUCGAGAACCAGGGCACCAUCUUUCUGGCGGGUCCGCCCUUGGUCAAGGCAGCCACAGGCGAGGUCGUCUCCGCCGAAGAUCUGGGAGGAGGGCAUCUGCACAGCACGAUCUCCGGCGUAACAGACUACCUGGCCGUCGACGACGCGCACGCCCUCGUAUUGGCCCGCCGCUCCGUGGCCAACCUGAACUACCCGCAAAGCAACCUCCCAGUCACGCCCACCACCCCCACGAGUACUACUACUACCACUAAAACCACCUUCAAAGAACCCCUCUACGACCCCACCGAACUCAACGGCAUCGUAGGCACCAACCUACGACGACAGAUCCCCGCACACGAAGUCAUCGCCCGGAUCGUCGACGGCAGCGAAUUCGCCGAGUUCAAGCGCGACUACGGCACGACGCUGGUAACGGGCUUCGCGCGGAUCCACGGGCACCGCGUUGGGAUCGUCGCCAACAACGGGAUCCUGUUCUCCGAGUCGGCGCUGAAGGGCGCGCACUUCAUCGAGCUGUGCGCGCAGCGCCAGAUCCCGCUGGUGUUCCUGCAGAACAUCUCCGGGUUCAUGGUCGGCGCGGACGCAGAGAAGGGCGGCAUCGCGAAGAACGGCGCCAAGCUGGUGACGGCGGUCGCAUGUGCCGAUGUGCCCAAGUUCACUGUGGUGUUUGGAUCGAGUGCGGGUGCCGGGAAUUACGGCAUGUGCGGCCGCGCCUACUCCCCCCGCCUCCUGUUCAUGUGGCCGAACGCCAAAAUCGGCGUAAUGGGCUCCGAGCAACUCUCUGCCGUAAUGGAAGCAGUGGGCCGCAGCGCCGAUCCAGCCCUGAAAGCGCGCAUCGACCGCGAAUCCGAGGCGGUGUUCUCGUCCGCGCGCCUCUGGGACGACGGCGUGAUCCCGCCGGCGCACACGCGCAUGUACCUGGGGCUGGGGCUGUCGGCUGCGCUGAGCGGACGGGUCGAUAAGGAUGUGCAGACAAGGUUUGGGGUGUUCCGGAUGUAGCGUU